AUGGCGGAAGAAAAGAAUAAUAAGAAGAGUACCACCAUUAUUGCAUCCUACGACGGCAGCGAUGAAUACGAUGAUGACUACUCAUGUGACCAAGAUCCAGAAGAGACAGAACUUAGUUUGAUUCUUGAUAAACUUAGUUUAGCACCGCCAAACAAGGAGGAAAAGAAACUCUUGGUCUUAAGUCUGAAUGGUCUACUUCUACACCGUGUGCAUAAACAAGUUUUGCACAAAGCUCCCAAGAACCGUUCUCCUGAUGCUUCAUGUGGACCAAAUCUUGUGUAUAAGAGGCCAUUUGUUGAAGAGUUUAUGAAGUUUUGUCUUGAGAGAUUUCAAGUCGAGAUUUGGUCCUCUGCUUGCGAGAAAAAUGUUGAUAUAAUUCUAAACAUUAUUCUUAAAGAUCUAGAAGAUAAGCUUCUGUUCGUGUGGGUAAGAGACUCUUAA